AUGGGCUGCGGGUCAUCAAGCCUAAAAGGCGAAGACGUGGACGUCAAUGCGGCGCCGACAAUGGCAGCACCCAAGAGGGUCAACACCAACUUCGCCAGCGUCGACUACAGCGCCGACGGGGGCCAAGGCCGACGAAUGACAGAAUACGCACCACAUGAAACCGUCAAGUCGAAGAAGAGCCACGACGGACCCCGAUCCAUGGCGUCUGGACGCCAGAGCGAGGCCAACGACGGGAUCCUCGACACUUCGCUUCCCGUGACCAACAAACCACUCGCAGCGGACCCGCUGACAACAACGGCGGGCACAGUCACGUAUCCGCAUGAAGGCACCGGGAGCGCCGGGGCCGUGGGCGACGCGACCAACAACGUCGAGUUGAAGCCGUACAAGACCAACGACGGCUGGGACGAGGACACUCUCGGCACGAACACUCAACAACAAGCCACCAACACACCACACAUCAACGGCAGCACCGAGACAGACACGGACCCCACAUCACUCAACUCCAAGCGGCACUUCGCGCACGAGAACGACCCGGCCAGCAUGGGGAACCAAGAGUCGCCGCGGGAGAAAGCGUCGCACAAGCAGCACCUCAACGGCGGCACCAGCCUGACCAGCAGCACGACCGAAGGCGAAGGGGAGGUCAACGAGCGCAAGAAAUCGUGGCUCGGCGACAAAUACAGCAAGUACCACGCGGCCAAGCACGGCAAGAACGUCGUGCUCUCGGACGAGGACCUGAAGAAGUACACGGGCAAGGACCGCGCGGAACUCAACGAGUGGGCCCAGGGCCGCAACGUCGGCGCCAACAUGCCGGCUGGCAGGUACAGAGAUGACUACUCCGGCGGCGGUGGCUAUACGGGAGCCGGCGGCUAA